AAUAAGUGCACUCCUCAUCAGGCUCUGAAUUCUUUUGCCCUUGCACGUCCCAUUGUAAAAUGACGUUCCAUCUCCAAUCAGUGGGUCGAAAACCACCCAAACCCAUGUAAAAAAACUGAUUGCUUUCCCCUAUUGAUCUCUCUGGUAAAAACUGAUUGAGUUUCCUCUCUAGAAACUAAUAAUCUGGGUCUUUUUCUCUCUCUGGUAAAAACUGAUGGGUUUCCUCUCUCUCUCCUCUCUCUAUAAAGUUAUAGUCUGGGUCUUUCUUUAACUUACCGUUUGCGUCAGUCAUGGUUUUCUGCCUGCUUUCCACCAAACUGACUUUCCCAGUUUUGCCCACCUUCCAUUUUUUAAUAAAAUCUUUGGAGAAAUUGUCAUCUGCUUUAUCCCUUUGCCCUUUCAUCAAGUUGCUCAUGGUCAAACCAUUUAGUUCCUUUUCUCUCUCUGCAACUCCUUCCUGAACUUUCCCUGCAUCUCACCUCGUCCUUCAACCCCAAGAAACCAAGUAAGAUUGACCAUUCAAAAGGGUCCCCUCGAAAACCAUCACCAGUUUGAUCAGCAACUCUGGAUUCGGAGGCUUUUUGGUGAAAGCCCUAGUAGUUUCCAAUAAACAAUACAGUUCCCAGCAUUUCUUGAAUGUCUUUCAUGGAAGGCCCCUUUAAUCGCAUCUUUAUGUUAGAUUCUCCUUUUUACAAUGGUGAAACAAGCUUUUAACCGUACUUGUUAGAUACAUUGACGAAGGAAACCAUGUCUUUAUUGAGAUCCACCGAUCCAUCUUCCACUUUAUAUGGUGACCCCAACCUCUAUGCACUCCAAAGCAGCACCAGAGCCCAGGGCUUGCCAACCCGUUCAUUUAGCUUAGACAGGAUAAACUUAAAGUAUUUGCCCGACUUCUAUGGCGAGGUCCAUAACCAACUGCCGUUUUCUGACUCCCCAUUAGAAGAAUUUAUCUCCCAACAAGUUGACUUCUUCCCACCCACACCGACUGGCUCCAGCCCAUAUCACCUAAUUUCAAGUUUGGGCCCUUCUGCAAAUUCUCAAGAGUCAUGUAACAUGGCAUCCAUUGCACAAUCCCAUACCUCAUCGCUGUAUGAUUCUAGUCAUCAUGGAUAUGCAUAUGAAAGCAUGGAUGAACAUGGGAGGACCAUGUAUGAUGAUGCAGAGGAGAUGAGGAGGAAACUCCAAGAAUUGGAAAUGGAAUUGCUUGACGAUAGUGAUGAAUGCGUAUAUGAUGGGCAUGACAUGCCCAUUGACAUGAUAGAGAGCCUUCUACCAAACUCACCUAAGGAACCCUCUGACUCAAACCUCACAAGCACCAGCACCACGACCACCACCACCUCCAACUCCACCUCAAGCACCAGCACUAAUAGAGACUCUCCCACUUCAAAUAUCAUAAGCCCUUGCUUGAGCUCUACAACUUCUCUCACUCCCAAGCAAAUACUCUUUGGGUGUGCAACUGCCAUAUCAGAAGGAAACCUCGGGGGGGCCACCACAAUGGUAAAUGAGCUAAGGCAAAUGGUCUCCGUCCAAGGUGACCCACCUCAAAGGAUCGCUGCCUAUAUGGUUGAGGGCCUAGCAGCCCGAAUGGCCUCAUCAGGCCAAGGCCUAUACAAAGCCCUAAGAUGCAAAGAGCCCCCAAGCCUAGAUAGGCUCUCUGCCAUGCAAAUCCUCUUCGAGGUAUGCCCUUGCUUUAAAUUCGGCUUUGUGGCAGCCAAUGGUACCAUUACUGAGGCCAUCAAGGACGAAGAAAGGGUACACAUCAUUGAUUUCGAUAUCAACCAAGGGAGUCAAUACAUCACUUUGAUACAAGCCCUUGCCUCUAGGCCAGGCAGGCGACCACACUUGUGCCUAACAGGUGUGGAUGACCCCGAGUCAGUCCAACGCUCAGUAGGUGGCCUCAUGAUCAUUGGCCAAAGGCUUGAGAAGUUAGCAGAGGCCUUAGGACUCCCCUUUGAGUUUAGGGCAGUGGCAUCAAAGACCAAGGAUGUGCGGCCCUCCAUGCUGGCAUGUAGACCCGAUGAGGCCCUUAUAGUGAACUUUGCAUUCCAACUGCACCACAUGCCUGAUGAGAGUGUGUCGACUGUGAACGAGCGGGACCGUCUGCUAAGGAUGGUGAGGGGGCUAGGACCAAAGCUUGUAACCUUUGUCGAGCAAGAUGUGAAUACGAAUACGUCGCCAUUUUUGGCAAGGUUUGCUGAGGCAUAUGAGUAUUACUUGGCGGUUUUUGAGUCUUUGGAUCUUACGCUUGCCCGAGAGAGCACAGACAGAAUGAAUGUGGAGAGGCAUUGUUUGGCUAGGGACAUAGUUAACAUAGUUGCCUGCGAGGGGGCGGACAGGAUCGAGAGGUAUGAGACAGCAGGAAAGUGGAGGGUGAGGAUGACGAUGGCUGGGUUCUCUCCAUCUCCUCUAGGCUCACAGGUGAAGAGUGCGAUUGGCUCACUAUUGAGGUCUUAUUGCAAUAGAUACACUGUGAAGGAAGAGGCAGGUGCGUUGUACUUUGGGUGGGAGGACAAAACCCUGGUUACGGCCUCGGCUUGGCAUUAGAGCUAUUUCUAUGUUGAACCAUUUAGGGAGUUGGGCAUGAUAAGCUGGGAAUCGAGCCUUCUAUGAUUGGUUGCAGCCUUCAAUGCCCGAACCACCGAGCCAAGAGCCCGAAUGUAAUGGCUUUUAGUCAUAGCUAGAGGGGGACAUCUAUCGACAAACCGUAUCUGCAUAUGCUUGUUAGUUUUGUAGUCAACAAACAUGUUAAACACUUUAUCAUGACAAUAAUGCCACAAUUUUUUGUUCAGUAAUAGUUCCAUAAAUGUUUUUAAUGCGAUGUGGGACAAAAGCAUGACUCAAUUUUAAA